UGACCAGCGCCCACGACAAGUCCGACCAUCAACUACCGUCGACCACCCCAACCGCCAAAAUGUCCGAGAAGGCCGCCAACCCCAUGAGGGAGCUUCACCUCCAGAAGCUCGUCCUCAACAUUUCCGUCGGAGAGUCUGGUGACAGGCUCACCCGUGCCGCCAAGGUGCUUGAGCAGCUUUCUGGUCAAACCCCCGUCUACAGCAAGGCUCGCUACACCGUCCGUACCUUCGGUAUCCGUCGUAACGAGAAGAUUGCUGUCCACGUCACCGUCCGUGGCCCCAAGGCCGAGGAGAUCCUCGAGCGUGGCCUCAAGGUCAAGGAGUACGAGCUCCGCAAGCGCAACUUCUCCGAGACCGGCAACUUCGGCUUCGGUAUCUCUGAGCACAUCGAUCUCGGCAUCAAGUACGACCCCUCCAUCGGUAUCUACGGCAUGGACUUCUACGCCUGCAUGACCCGCAAGGGUGAGCGCGUCGCCACCCGCAGGCGCUGCAAGGCCAAGAUCGGCUCCAACCACAAGAUCAAGCGUGAGGAGACCGUCAGGUGGUUCAAGCAGCGCUUCGACGGCAUUGUCCGGUAAAUGCGCAAAUGGACAAUGACACUUUUUAUGGGAUGGCUUAACGGAUUCUGGGUCACGGGCGAAAAGGAAAAGGGCUUACCGGCGUGUAUUUCCCGCUGCUUGCAGCAACUUCAUCAAGCUUGAUUUACGAGUAAUCGUCACAAGCUACGGCCUCAGA